AUGAACCAAACACUAUCAUCAUCAACGGAAAAUCCUUCCACUCUGGUUUCUUUAGAAACAAGCUCACCAUCCAAUCCUCAAACUCCAUCCAUUCAAGAACAACUCGCCUCCUACAGAGAAAAGCACAGAAUAUUCAAAGAGAAGAAACGAAAUCAAGAUAUGGCUUCUCUAACGGCCUUUUUAAUUGCAUCAAAAUAUGAUCCAUGGACUACUCUUCCUAGUUGUGGCUUGGAACGAAUUACUUUUAAACCAUUAGGAUAUUCAAAUACAUUGCCUUCCAAUUCCACAAAAAGUGCUGUUAGUUUUCGUGGAAAGGCUUGUGGGUUCAUGGUGCCUUCCUCAGUUAAAUCGGAAAGAAAACAAGUGCAAGUUGGAGAUUGGUUUAAACCUUCUAUCAAGGAAGAGAAUAAUAGUUCUGAAAUGAAAUCUGAUGAUGAACCAGAAAAUAACACCCCUCAAGAAGAGGUCAUUAUCUCCUCCUCAUCAUCUUCCUCUGCUUUGAAAAUUAAUUUAUAA